UAUCAUUGGUUUUGUUCCACAAUUUUAGAAAGCAGAAAUGAAUCCCAUCCAUGCUAUAUAAGUUUACUAAAUUAAUAGUUAGUGUUGUAGUAUCAGCAUUAAAUAGCAGCUAUUGAAAACAAAGGAAAGACAAUAGUCUUUGUUUUGAGAUGUAUCAGUGUUGUGUAGUUCACUUCAUCCUAGUUCAGGAUACCUCUGCCAAGAAGAGAAACAAAGUAAUUUUUACCAUGCUAUUAGCUUUGUAACUAUAUACCUGAUAUUUAAAUCCUAGCAACAAACAGUACACACAUAUUUUACAGGCAAGAGAGAAUCUAUAUUAGGAGUACUAUGUUGCAAGUAAUUUAUUUUAAGAUGAAUAUGCCAGCAAGGCAUAGUUUGGAGACUGAUUAUGAUGAUUUUGCUUGAUUUUUCUCUAUUAACUAUGUUGGAAUAUGUGAUGAAGCAAAAGAUUUUAUCUGCUGUGCUAUGGUAAGGUAAAUCAGUGCAAACGUUAGAGUUAACAAAACACUUUAAGAUCCUCUGAUUAAAGUCAUUAUGUGUGACAAUCACCAUCUGCAAGACAGAACCUAAGGGAGAUCCAGAUUGUUAAACCGGUAAAACAACGUUUAGAUUGCCUUCUGACAGCAGCACUGAGGUUUUUGUUUGUCACAAGUGCUAUCUGUGCUGCUUAGUCUAUCUGGAGUGGCUGUUUUCUUAACAAGACAACUUUAAUCUACGUAAUUUUGAUUGUUUGCAUUCCAUGGGAGGUGGAUGAAAUAAGCUUUUUUGUUUUCAAGGUAUAUGCUUUCCUAAAGAAGGAAAAAUAGGAAAAAUCAUCUUCCACGGUGCAAGAAAUGGAAGGUGCAUCGGACCGCAUACUUGAAGCUGCUAACGCAGAGACACCAGCUGCAGAGCGGCCACCCGCAGGAGCAGGAGAAGCUGGGGAGGCCAGGAAUGCAGAGCCACAGGGUGAGCCUCUGCUGUCCAGAGGUGCCGGCACAGCACAGACAGAUGAGCCGCCUGGAGAAGGGCUAGGUCAUCACGAAGCGAUGGAAAAUGGUGAGCAAGGUGUGUGUGAGCCACAUGGCCCAUUCAGUGCAUCACCCGAGAACGCAUCUCCUGUUACCGUUACGAGUUACUCUACCUUACUUGAAUUAAGAAAUUCAGAAAGGGAAAAAGAAACAUCUCAAAAUGCAGUGCUGUCAGAGAAUGUGACAAGUUCGACAGUGACAGGAAGCAUAAUUGAGGAUAAUAAAACUCUUAUGUGGAGUAUGGCUACAUUUCAUGAAACUAUCCAGUCUGAGAAGUUGCAUCUUGAUCUGGGACAUUUUCCUAGGAAAGCAGUUCAACAGGAUUAUUGCAUGCCUGAUGUCAUCCCUGUCAGAGUACAAACAGAUUUUGAUACAUUCCAAGAUGUAGCUGUAAAAAUUGAAAGACCUACUUUUCGUAAACCAUUUCUGGGUGGAUUUAAGAACAGAAUAACUGGAGUGGAAUUUCAUAAUGCAGGAUCACAAACAAUACCCAAAAAACGACCUGAAAAAGGAACUACAUUAUUUUGUAGGGAAACACAGACUGUGUUUCAAAAAAAUAAACGUCAACAAACAGCAAAUCCAACAUCAACACAGAUGACUAAGGUCGGCCUGUAUGUGUCAAAUGUGACUGACAAACUAAUAACACCUGGAAGGUAUCUCACAGCAGAAGAAUACCAUAAACGUCGACUUGAAGCUGUAAUAGUAUUACAGAAAUAUUUCCGCCGUUGGCAUGCUAGAAACCUAGUACACAAAUUGAAGGAAGAAAAGAGAUUGAGGCUGGCAUGGGAGGCACAAGAAGAGUUACGAAAGAAAAAAGAGAAAGAAGACAAAGUGAGAAGGGAGCAUGAGCGAAGACUGAACCCUAAAACAAAAGAAGACUUUGAGCUGCUUUACCAUGCUUUAGAAUCGUGGAGGCAGGAGGAGAUUGAACGGAUUAACGGAACUCUUACUGGAGCUGAAAGAAAGGCAGCACUUUGUGGACUUCUAGAACAAGAGGCACAACUGAUUGCUUCCAUUGGGAGACACAAGCUAAGUGCAGAUGAGGAGAAUCAACAAAAAGCAGUACUGCACUUUCUGAGUAAGUGUGCACAACCCAAGAGAUGGAAAGCAUAUGAUGGAAAAACCACUGAAAUGGAUACACCGUACACACUCCGUGCCAGGGAACUGCUUGAAAUCUACCGCAGUGUUACCAUGAAUGACAUCCCACAAGAUGAGAGAAUAGAUGUGCUGUUAACACUCAGAUGUACAGUGAAGGAACAUGCAUGUGAAUUAACAAAAGAAAUAGUGGAAUUAAUUGACAGAGAAGUUGAUCUUAUGUCAAGAGAGGUGAAAGAAUGCAACUUAGAAGGACUGAGGAAAAGAAUUUGUACAUUAUUUCUUCAGUAUAUUAAAAUGCCCGAGUUUAACCCUGAAGUUGCAAAGAUACUUAAGGUUCCACCAGAUCCUCUAAAGCUUUAUAAAAAUGUUAACUUCUGUCGUAGCUGCGAAAAUUACUUACCAUCUACUGAAUUUCCUGUUCCUGCUAAUUCCCGCACCAUUGGCAGAUGUCACUUGUGUUGCAAGCUUGAUAAUGAGGCUCGGCGACGAGGAUCAUUUUUGAAGUACAGACUUACACUAGAAAAUCUCAGAAAGUCUGAAGCUGGUUACCAGGAUGAUACUAAAAUUGUUUUCUUAGUUCAGCUGCAAGAUCUACAGUACAUGAUUGAGAACAUUUGGGGCUGUCAGUCCGCUCUUAGUGCCUGCAGUGACCUCUGUGAUUUGGUGAUGGUCAGAUGGGAUAAGCAGCAGGAGUGGUCUCCGUGGAACACAAUUCUCCUCACUAAAGAUGAGGCAGAUGCACAUCUUAAGCUGUGUAACCUUCAAGAGGCUUAUGAAGCAGCAUUUAUUCACAGAAUAAAACAAAAACAUAUCCGGGCGAAAAAGUACUUUGCUCAGAUCCCAGCGAUGACAUCAUUUUUGCCUAGGAGUGACAAGCAGGCUAAUGCAAGUUAACUUUUAAUAGCUACGCCUAUUCCUACCGGUACAAAACCAUAACUCAUAGUGAAGUUAACUGAAGUUAAAGAAGUUACCUGAAUUAUUGAUUAAUACAAUUUCCUUGAUUUUGAAGAUUUUUUUACCAGUAUCUUAAUUGUAUAACAUCAAAAUAAACUUCUG